UGCGUUGAGGUCCGUCACCGGGAGUGAGUGGGGGAGAGAGAGAGAGCGAGCGAGACGGAGCUGAACCCCCUUCUCAUCUGCUCUCAUCUGGUGUGUGUCAGCGUAGCAAGGGCUGGGUAUCGCGGGUUUGUGUUGCGAGCGUGUGUGACCAUGUCGUUGGCGAAAAAGGGCAGAAAGGCGGUUCGUGCUUUCACGAGGCUGAUGCGCCGUAUCGUGAAAUGGCUGCUCCGCAAGCUCACGGCGCAGUCAGAGAUCGGCAGAAUACUGCGGAGCGAUGGGUACUCUAGUGAGCUCGUGCAGGCAAUUGCACAAUCGAUUGCAAGGAGCUCGAGCUCCGAAAUGGAACGGGUGAAGAGAGCCGUGUUUGGGAAGGCCCCUUUCGAUGUCACGUCAACUUGUGACGAACUCAUGGCGGCGAAGGCGAUCGGGGAUGAGCACAAGCCUCGGUUGACAUGGUGUCUGCAGGUCCUCAACAUCGUCAACAUAAUCCAUGAGAAGGUUGAAAGUCUCCAACACACCAACUACGACCCGGACGAACCGACGCACGUUGCUCUCCUCGAGACACUAUGGACUUCCCUUCAACCUGAUGCGCGUCGCACGAAUGGUUGGGCCCCCCUAGGAUUCCAAAAUGGAGACAAACCUGAAACGGAUUUUCGCGGAAUGGGUUUGCUAGGUGAGACCGCGGGGUUGUGA